CGCAGCAAACAACACAGAACUGUAGGUUAAUCAAGCAAAAGUGAAGUGUGCCGGAUUAUGUUUGCAUAUUAAAGUUAUCUUGUUUCCAAGUUCUCUGCCUUAGCACCAUGGCUCCUAAGGAAGGUAGCGACGUGGAGCAGGAGGAGCCCAAUUCUGAACCUGGGCAGAAAGUAUUUUCCCUUGAAAUCCUAAAAAUUAUCAAGGAAGCCCAGCAGCAGCACGGACUGAGGCAUGGGGAUUAUCAGAGGUACCGAGGAUACUGUUCCCGACGCUUACGACGUCUACGCAAGGUCCUCAAGGUUCCCCAAGGUGACAAACGCCACUACAGACGCCGGGACGUGACAGCCUUGAUGGUUACCGACGACAAGUUCUUGCAGAUCCCGCUAACCUUGGCUGAGAGGGCGUGGAGUUAUGCCAUGCAGCUGCGCCAAGAGUCCAACACCGAGCCAAGGAAAAAAUUUCACUUGGUCUCCAGAUUGAGAAAAGCAGGUGCUUUUGCGGAACAACUGCAGAACCUCAUAGAUAGUAUCAAUUGUAAUGCAAGGACCAAACUGGAAGCUAAAGCUUAUGUUGCAUACAUUAAGGGAUCCAUAUUAUUUGAAUUGCAAGACUGGGUGCUAGCAAUGGAGAAUUUCCAGAAUGCACAAGUUGUUUACGAAAAUCUUGCCAAAGCACUACCAGAGCACGAACAAAUUAUUUACAAGGCGCGUGUCGAUGAAUUGGCGCCUAACUUAAGAUACUGUGCAUACAAUAUUGGCGAUACUACCGCCAUAGAUGAUCUUAUGCAGAUGAGAGGAAAAUUGAGCGGAGAUUUGUUGAGUAAUUUGGACUCCCUCAUAACACAGAGGCAAGAAAAUCAAGCUAGCACCGAAGAAAUUAAGUGGCGCGGAAAAUCAUGCGGAAUAGCUCCACCCAAAGCUGCAGCGCUUCUCAUGGCGGAUUCUAGAUUGACGAGUACGUUGGAAAAAGCUAGUGGAAAUCAAGCCAAGAUUGAUAUUCUUGAAGCACACUUGAUCGAUUGCAAGGACGCGAUCGCUGCAGUUCGCGAAGAGCUCAAGAACGAUUUGAAAAACAAAGAUGCUGACAAAGCUCCUCAGCAUUUAAUAUCUUACUUGCAGUAUAUCAGGCUCUCCCGUACUCUGGAAAGGAAUCUAAUUUUAGUUAAAAUAGCCGAAGAGUCCGAGAAAGCCAAAUCUCAAGACAUCGUGAGACUAUAUGAAGCUGCACUUCACAAUCUAGUAGAAAUGUCACAGUUACAGGAUGAUGAAAGCUAUUUGCAAGAACACGAUGCUAAGACCAAGAGUUACAGGGCGUUCCGCUGCUUCUACUUGGCCAAAUCUUUGGCAAAUCUUCACAGGUGGCGUGACGCAAUGGCCUUGUAUCACAGAUCCUUGCAGCAUGUCAAAGAUGCCAUGGAACACAAGUCUCUUCUGCCAGAUAGCUUGAAAAACGAUUUAAUUAAAUUGGAAUCUUUGAUUGAAGGUGCUCAGUGUGCAGCUCAUGCUCACAGUGUUUUGGAGGAGGGUCAAGAGGAAGAUAUAGGCGUUAACAAACAAGUCAAAAGCAAGAAAAUGCUUUCAGAACGAUUACAUGAAUACUUGGAGGAUCCAGCAUUGCUCACCAAACAACCGAACAUUUGUAAGAUUCCACCUCCAAUGCAAAGUAUUCCAUGUAAACCAUUGUUUUUCGAUUUAGCGUUCAAUAUGAUCGAAUUUCCGGAUUUAUCGGAUAAGCUACAAGAUCAAGAUAAGAAGGGUGAAAAGGGUGGACUGGCUGGUUUAGUCAAAGGAUUUUGGGGCUGGGGAAAUAAAUAA